AGGACGCCGGUUAGCAUGUCUGCAAAGCUCACAAACGACGAAAUAGCGCUCUAUGACCGCCAGAUUCGCCUCUGGGGCAUGGAGGCGCAGCAGCGUUUGCGCUCCGCCAACAUCCUCCUCAUUAACCUCAGCGGGGUCGGGACGGAGGUGGCCAAAAACCUCGUACUCGGGGGUAUCGGGGCACUCACGGUCUUGGAUUCACACACAGUCAUUGCUGAGGACUUGUCAUGCCAGUUUUUCCAGACAGAAGCGGAUAUCGGAACGUCCCGUGUGGGGGCUGCGCUUGCAAGAAUCCAGGAGUUGAAUAACCGUGUAGUAUUAACGAGCGAAACCAGAUCCUUAUCGGAUGUUGAUGAAGUCUGGUUUGGCCAGUUUGAUAUAGUGAUAGCCACAGAAUUGGGACGGAAUGAGAUUGUGGCAGUGAAUGACGCGUGUCGUCGGCACAGAGUUCCGUUCUACGCCGCCGGCUUACACGGGCUUUUUGGAUACGUCUUUGUGGACUUAAUCGAGCACCGAUCAACCAAGGUGAAACCUGUGAAUAACAAGAAGCUCACCCCUGUGGGAACUGUGGUCAACGGCGUAAAAACAGUGGUGGCAGUGGAGGCAGUGGAAGAUAAAAAGGUGAAACCGACUGAGGAAAGAGUCACGGUGUUGGAUACUUACAGACCGUUCAGGGAUACUUUUUUGUCGACCCAGUUACCCCAGCAGCUAAACCGACGCCAGUUAAAGCAGCUUACCCCGGCGUUGCCUAUCAUUCUUGCGCUCUUUUCGCAGCCCAGACCGGCCCACGUCUCGCAAACCAUCGAGACAUUUGCUCUUUCAAAAGAGGAGGUUUUCCGUGCCACAGAGAAUGAGAGGCAGAAUUUAAAGAUCCCAACGGAAAAUACGGAAAAGGAGAGCAGGUACGUGGAGAUGCUCUCUACGCAGGCGUUUUGCGAGUUCAGUCCCGUGGCGGCCAUCUUGGGAGGUAGUUUGGCUCAGGAUGUGAUCAAUAUGUUGGCCGGAAAGGAGAGUCCAAUAAAUAAUUUCAUGGUAUUGGACGGGACGACGAGUGAGAUGCCAAUCUUUCACUUGUAGAGUGGAGAUGCGAUGGGACGGUUGCUAAUCCGAAAAGACGGGCAAGAUGUAAUAUAGUCGGGGUUGAAUGUAACUGACAGAUCUGUAGUAUAUUUGCGAUUGUAAUUUACAAUUUUCC